CAAGCGCAAACGGCGGCAUCAGGCAUAAUAACGGUGGUCGGCCGCCGCGGAGCUCCCAGAGAGUCCGGGGAGGGCCUCGGCGGGGAAAGCUGGAGGCCGGAUGCCGCCGGCCUCGCGGAGCCUCUCGCCGCUGUCCAUACUGAUGAGCUCCUCGGCUGACACAAGCAGGCAGAGCGAAGGCGGAGAAGGGGAGGCAGAGGAGGCGCGGAGGCAGGCGGCUGAGCUGCGCACCCGGCUUUGACGUCGCCCAGCUGCGGCUAGCAGCUCGCGCUCUCAGCACGUAGCGCACAACGUGACCACACACAGCCUACCCCUCUGGCAGCCAGGCAGCCCGUCCGCCCGCUCUCGGCUUCGCCCUCCUCCUCCACCUCCUCCUCUCGCCUCCGCGGCGCGCACCCCCGCGCACACCCAGGGAUUCCGGCGGGCGUCGAGCCCUGGGCGCUCCGCCGCUCGGCCCGGCACCUCUGCCGCAGCUGGGGCCCGACCGGCGGCCACGCAGCCGGGUGUCCUCCUCAGGCGGCCGCUCCCGCGUUCACCUCUGGAUGCCAGCACUACGUUAGCCCAGGCGGGGAACCCCUUCAGCGGCUCCCUGCUCUAAACUCCCGCCUGUCCCGACCGCCCCCACCCCUCCACCUGGCGGGGGCGGCGCGGAAACGAAGAGGACGCGCGAGGUGCCGGUGGGCACGCGUAGACGUGUGUGCGGAUCCGGUCUCUGCUUGGCAUUCUCCCUCUUUCGCAAGUGGUGGUGCCUGGACUCUGCUUUCGGCUCCUGGAAUUGGUGCGGCCGCCCGGAGCCCCCUCUUCGCUGGCAGGGCGCUAAAGGCUAUUUUGGAGAACGGUGGUGGUGGUGGUGGUGGUGGCGGCGGCGGCGGCGGCGGCGGCGGCUGAGGCUGGUGCCCGAGAGAGCUCCAGACGCACACUCUGCUCCUCGUCGGUCCCUCUCCUCCUCCCCACUCCUCCCAUCCCUUCCUCCCCACCCCCGUCCCCUUAGCCCCACUCCUCCUCUUCCUCCUCCUCUUCCUCCUCUCCCCGCUCGGCGAUGCGAGCCUGUAUCGUGUAACAGGAUUGGCGUUGCAAUGGCAACUGAUGGAAUGGGGGAAGGCAAGACAGCAGGGCUGGGGGCUCCGGACUGCGGGCGGGCGGGCCGCUGCCGCCGCUUGACGCUGCUCCGGGGACCUUCGCGAGUUACUUUGUAAAGGCGAACCCAGGCAAGGAAGCCCCUGCUCAGUGCCCCGAGUCAGAGGCCACUUCCUGCUCCGUGGCUGCGCGCGUCAGGCUCGCACCGCUCGGCACCCCCGGCCCCUGGCCCGCGCCCGCUGGCAGCCCAGCGCGCCGCCGCCGCCGUCGCUGCGGAGACUCGAGCUAGCUCCCCUGAAGAACACUUCGCCUCACGGCCCCCUUCCCAGCACGCCCCCUGCUCCUCCCCGGCGUCUGCGAUUUUCCCAGGCGCCCGGUGUGAGUGCGGCGUGCGUGUGAGUGUGUGUCAGGGUACCGUGUUGUGUGUGUGUGUGUGUGUGUGUGUGUGUGUGUGUAUGAGUGUGGGGUGUGCGGGGCUCCUGCGCUCCGCUCACGGCCGCUGCCGGGGAAGGACGGACGGACGGCGCUUUCUUCGGCGAGCGGUUCCCGGGUACCUCGGCUCGGCCCGGGCGCGACUGGAGCGCGCUCGGCUAGCCGCCGGCCUCCGGAAGGUCCCGCCGCGUCCCCCCUGGGCUGGAUAUGUUCAUGUUCACGUGAAGAUGGAUUUAGUGUACGGUCUCGUGUGGCUGCUGACAGUCCUCCUGGAGGGGAUCUCCGGCCAAGGAGUAUACGCUCCCCCAACGGUUCGUAUUGUGCAUUCAGGCUUGGCCUGUAACAUUGAGGAGGAGCGCUACUCAGAAAGGGUCUAUACCAUACGGGAAGGAGAAACACUAGAACUGACCUGUCUGGUCACGGGACAUCCACGUCCACAGAUCAGGUGGACCAAAACAGCAGGAAGUGCCUCUGACAGAUUCCAAGACUCAAGUGUCUUCAAUGAGACUUUGAGGAUUACAAACAUUCAGCGACACCAAGGAGGCCGGUAUUACUGUAAAGCAGAGAAUGGCUUGGGGUCCCCAGCGAUAAAGUCAAUCAGAGUGGAUGUGUACUAUUUGGAUGACCCAGUAGUAACUGUUCAUCAAAGUAUAGGUGAAGCUAAAGAACAGUUUUACUAUGAGAGAACAGUGUUCCUCCGGUGUGUGGCCAAUUCCAAUCCACCUGUUCGGUACAGCUGGAGACGUGGUCAGGAGGUAUUACUACAAGGAUCUGAUAAAGGAGUUGAGAUUUAUGAACCCUUCUUUACCCAGGGUGAAACCAAGAUCUUAAAACUAAAGAAUCUUCGACCUCAGGACUAUGCUAAUUACAGCUGCAUUGCUUCAGUGAGGAAUGUAUGUAAUAUUCCUGAUAAGAUGGUGUCAUUUAGACUUUCCAAUAAAACAGCAUCUCCAUCAAUUAAACUCUUGGUGGAUGACCCUAUAGUUGUAAAUCCUGGAGAGGCCGUAACAUUAGUAUGUGUUACGACAGGAGGAGAGCCUGCACCCACUCUCACCUGGGUCAGGUCCUUUGGGACUCUGCCUGAAAAGACUGUUUUAAAUGGAGGAACAUUGACCAUACCUGCCAUCACCUCAGAAGAUGCUGGUACUUACAGCUGCAUUGCCAAUAAUAAUGUGGGAAACCCUGCAAAAAAGUCCACCAACAUCAUUGUGAGAGCAUUAAAAAAAGGACGAUUUUGGAUCACACCAGAUCCUUAUCACAAAGAUGACAACAUCCAGAUUGGGCGUGAGGUGAAAAUAUCUUGCCAAGUAGAAGCUGUUCCUUCUGAGGAGUUAACAUUUAGUUGGUUUAAAAAUGGUCGCCCGUUAAGAAGUUCUGAACGGAUGGUUAUUACACAGACUGAUCCGGAUGUCUCCCCGGGAACGACAAACUUGGACAUCAUUGAUUUAAAGUUCACGGAUUUUGGGACAUACACAUGUGUAGCAUCUCUGAAGGGAGGAGGAAUAUCUGAUAUCAGUAUUGAUGUUAAUAUAUCCAGCAGCACAGUUCCACCCAAUCUGACUGUUCCACAGGAAAAAUCACCUCUGGUCACCAGAGAAGGGGACACAAUAGAACUGCAGUGUCAAGUAACUGGAAAACCUAAACCCAUCAUCCUCUGGUCUAGAGCGGAUAAAGAAGUUGCAAUGCCUGAUGGCUCGAUGCAAAUGGAGAGUUAUGACGGAACACUGAGGAUUGUGAAUGUAUCUAGAGAAAUGUCAGGAAUGUACAGAUGUCAGACCAGCCAGUACAAUGGAUUUAACGUGAAACCAAGAGAAGCUUUGGUGCAGCUCAUUGUGCAGUAUCCUCCUGCUGUGGAACCAGCAUUUCUGGAGAUCCGGCAAGGACAAGACCGGAGUGUUACUAUGAGCUGCCGGGUCCUGAGAGCCUAUCCAAUACGGGUGCUGACCUAUGAGUGGCGCUUGGGCAAUAAAUUAUUACGGACUGGUCAGUUUGACUCUCAAGAGUACACAGAAUACCCGGUGAAGAGUCUUUCCAAUGAAAACUAUGGGGUUUAUAAUUGUAGCAUCAUAAAUGAAGCUGGAGCUGGGAGAUGCAGCUUUCUUGUUACAGGAAAAGCCUAUGCUCCAGAGUUCUAUUACGAUACCUACAAUCCUGUGUGGCAGAACAGACAUCGUGUUUAUUCUUACAGUCUACAGUGGACACAAAUGAAUCCCGAUGCAGUAGAUCGGAUUGUUGCAUACCGGUUGGGUAUUAGGCAGGCUGGACAGCAGCGUUGGUGGGAACAGGAAAUUAAAAUAAAUGGAAACAUUCAAAAAGGAGAACUAAUUACAUAUAAUUUGACUGAGCUAAUUAAACCAGAGGCUUAUGAAGUCCGACUAACUCCUCUCACCAAAUUUGGCGAAGGAGAUUCAACAAUUCGUGUCAUCAAAUAUAGUGCUCCCGUUAAUCCUCAUUUGAGAGAAUUUCACUGUGGAUUUGAAGAUGGGAACAUUUGUUUGUUCACCCAAGAUGAUACAGAUAAUUUUGACUGGACAAAGCAAAGUACUGCAACAAGAAAUACAAAAUAUACUCCAAACACAGGACCUAAUGCUGAUCGUAGUGGCUCCAAAGAAGGUUUUUAUAUGUACAUUGAGACAUCUCGACCCAGACUGGAAGGCGAAAAGGCCCGACUUCUCAGCCCUGUUUUCAGCAUAGCUCCUAAAAACCCUUAUGGCCCCACGAACACUGCGUAUUGUUUCAGCUUCUUUUAUCACAUGUAUGGACAACAUAUAGGUGUUCUAAAUGUUUAUCUGCGUUUGAAAGGGCAGACAACAAUAGAGAAUCCACUGUGGUCUUCAAGUGGGAAUAAAGGACAGCGGUGGAAUGAGGCUCAUGUUAAUAUAUAUCCAAUCACUUCAUUUCAGCUCAUUUUUGAAGGUAUUCGAGGUCCUGGCAUAGAAGGUGACAUUGCCAUUGAUGAUGUAUCGAUUGCAGAAGGAGAAUGUGCAAAACAAGACCUAACGACUAAGAAUUCUGUUGAUGGUGCUGUUGGAAUUUUAGUACAUCUAUGGCUUUUUCCGGUCAUUGUACUCAUCUCUAUCUUAAGUCCUCGAAGGUGACCUUAUCCUGGCAGAGGCUAUAAAAGAUUCACCAGGCACUGGCAUGAAGAAAGAGUCUUUGUAAAUGGACAUUGAAAAACAAACUACCAAAGAUUCCUCCACUGACUACUGACUCAAAAAUAAAAUAAUAAAAAUGAAUUUUUUAAAGCACUGGGGAUAAAAAGACAUCAUGGAAGUAUAACUUAUUCCAAACUACAUAUAAAAGAUUCUUGACCUGAGUAGAGAAGAGACCUUCAGGUGCUUUUGUGGCUAAAAAGAUUUCAGCGUCAUCUGGUCAUCUGGUUGAACUCUGGAAAAAAAAAAAAAGCUAUAGAAAUCCUUGUCAAAGCACAAAGUCAUGGCUGGUUUUGUUUCAAAUGAAUAAUUUGCUUGUUACCAUGGAAACCUAAUGGCCUGCCAACAAAAACCUCACUGUAAACAGGGUACGUGAAGAGCUGGCAUUUAUUUUCCUUUCAAGAAGGUUUUACAUAGAGAAUUAAAUAAACGUAGGCCCAUUUACCUUUGGUUGUUACACUUCCUUGAAAAUAACCCGAACUCAGAAUUAUUUAAAGCAUUCAUGCUCCUCCCCACCUGUCUCCACCCCACCUUUAUUGUUAUUUUUUCCUCCCAUGGCUAAGCUAGAUAACUGUAUGCUGUCUCUUUUUGCAUGCAUUACUAUCCAGGAUGGUAAACCUGGGCUUACAUAUUACACAGGCUUAUUGGAGUUUGCUUGCGGCCACUUGAACACCCAAACUAAGUCAUCUGUUCCAAUGAAGAAACCAAACCACCAUCUUUUAUAAAUUGCCAUGGAAACCAAGUGCCUUCAAUGAAACAAGCCUGAAUAAUUUUCAACUCAGAAGCUUGCACUGCUAAGAGUGGUUUGUGUAAAACUAUUUUAUAAACAAACUACAGAGCCUAAGUGUGCAAAUUACAGGCAAGACAACAAAAGCCGCUUCUGAAGAAGAAAGGACCGGAGCUGCUGAGUAAGCCCAUGCAGACGAACUAUUUGUUGUUUGACCUCCUAGACAGCCAUGGCCUUUCGGCUUAUUGUCCAUUAGAAAAUAACUUCCAUUGAGACCAGACAUGGGAGCAACACUUUUUUCUUCCAGGUUAUUAAAUGGGUCAACCAGAGCAAAAGGUUGUUAAGAUAAUACUUAGCGCAGAAGGUGAUAAAACACAAGAGUGAUUUUUUUUUUACUCUAACCUCCAUUUGAAAUGAAAUUGGCCCUAGCUUUAGAGGGAGCAAGAAAAUGUUUGUGAUUGCAGUGCAUACAAACUCUACAGCGGAACUGGGCCUGAAAAAUCUGGCUUUAUUCUAAACACUGAGGGUAAUAUGCCUCUGCCCUUUAGUCAGACUCUGUGCAGAUUGUGAAAUAUUAUUUUAUUAUUUUACCAAGAUUAAAAACACUUUUACAAAAAAAACAAAAACCUGUAAAAAUGAUUUUGAGCUACCUGAGGACAAAUCAUACCUUUAACCAGCCAGUUUUCCAAUGCAUUGUAAAUUUCACUUAAACCUGUUGGUUAUGAAAAUUUGAAGAUCUUUUUCCUUAAAUUAUCUCAGCUUUUAACUUCAUUUAAAAAGACUUUUGUCUAAAGAAGAAUAUUAUUAUUAUUAUAUGUUCUUUCAAUACCCCAGGAUUAAAAAAAAAACUGAUUAUGCAAGUAAUUGGGAUAUAAGUAUUAAAUUAUAACAUUUGCAAAUAUUAAUAUAAAAAGCACAACAAAAUGUAGUGGAAAAUGACAAAGCUUGAUUUUUAAAAGAAAAAAAUUCUGUAGAAAUGUUUGUGCAAAUUCAGUAAUUCAACUUAAAAGAUAAUUUUACAGCUAUGUUCAAUAAAGCCUCUUUCCAGGUAAGGUAUGCAAAGCGGUAUGUGUGUUUGUUGAGCAAUGUUUACUUGUCACCAAAAUGAGACUAGCUAUACAAUUUAUCGGUUAUGUUACCAUGGGAUAAAUCUUCAGGACUUCAUACACUUUAAUGUCUGCAGGAAAGAACUUAAUAGGAACUCCUGAAGCACUCUUCCAUAUUUUUCAUACAUGUAAAAAAAAAAGUCAAACCUGUGAAAGUAAAAUAUGAAACAAAUGUGAAUUUGGAAUUUAAUGCAUAUUUUCAUAGUUAAAGAGGGGACCAGCUGGAAUAUCUAGGUAGUGAUAAAAUCGAGCUAAACCGAUUCCUUUAAAUUAAACAGAAUUAACUAAUAAGCUUUAUAAUUUAUUUGAACACAUUAGGCAUAUUGAAAAUUUUCAGAAUUACAGUCAACCAUCUGUUUUAUCAAACCAAAGAGAUUAAACAAUAUUGGGGGGCACUUAGCUUAGUAUUUACUAACUCUCCUUCACCUUGACUUCCAUUUUGUGUGGCAACUAACCACUUCCCUCCACUAUCCCAUAUUAGUGGAUCAUUCUUCCUAAUUGAUUUUCUGCACACUCACUGCUGAUAAUAUUAAUACAAUUGUUUUCAUCUAAAGAGAGGCUUAGCUCAUUGCCACCUUCUUCCCUUAUCUUGAAUUUGAUUUGAGUGAGACUUUCACAAAGAACUAAAAAAAAACCUAUACUCAGAAUAUUUGGAUAUACCUUUGUCCUUUCCAGGAAAACAAUCAAGUCUCCUUUUCUCCUUAUUAACACUGCAUAAAGAAAUUGUUAUAAGUGAAAGCUUCAAUCCUUCUACAAAGUACUCAUAAAAUACUAAAGUCUUUCUAUAACUUUUCACACAUUAAGAAUACACACGCUUAAGAAGUCAUGAGAACUGGCUGGUACUUCAAAAAUUAAUUUUGAUUAAAUUUUUGAGAAAUUGCAAAUGAGCACCAAGAACAAAGGGCAAUCAGAAGAACUGCAAAAACAAUCAGAUUUAUUGAUAUAGUAAUAAAUUAGAGUAUAUAUCUCAAGUGGGUUCUGGAUCAUUUAUAUAAACCAACAAUCUUAGAAUUGUAGAAUGUUUUUCACUCCAGAUCAAAUGUUCAGUUGCUUUAAUUGAAAGAAAAUGAAUCAAAAUGCAGGAAAUUUUAAAAGGUUGGGACAAGUGAAAUGUAAACUGUAUUAAGUAAUCUGUUUAACAUUAGUUAUAAUAAUGAUGACUUUAAAGCACUUACCUGUUUAUCAACUGCUUUUCUUUUCCUAAUAUUUUUUGUAUUUAUUAUGAGUUGAACUCACCAACAUAUUUCCCUUUUUCCUUUUUGAUAACAUUUUAAGUGUAAUUGAUGCCAUUUUUGUUGUUGUUCUUUAUAGGAAGGCAUCAGGCUUUUAAUUCUCUGGGAGAAAGAUUAUACCAUGUAAUCUCCUAGUGUCAGUAACUGAUCCGAUUAAUUAGGAGCUUACUCUGUCUUAUUAGUUCAAAGAUGGUUGGUUCCUCCACAUUUUAACAUCUCUGCAACUGGGCCUAUUUUAAUUAUAAUUGGUAGCAUUUCUGUGUAGUGAUAUAUAAAAUAAAGUGUAUAUUAAAACUGAUGGCAUCUUAGAUAUGUUGAAAUUCACCAAAUUCACUAAAGUCUCCAGAAGAGCCAAAUCAUGCCCAAUAUCAUUCCUUUUCAACAAUCUCAAAAGUGAGAAAAGGAUGCCCUAUCAUAUUUGUAGGAUUUAUAUUAAAUACUCAUUGCCUAUGCAUUAUUUAAAAAUAACAUAACUUUUUAUUUUGUGCUUUUUAAAAAUCUGAAUCUUCUCUUACAGACAUUAUAUACAUACCUAGCCCUGUUGUCUUUUUUUUUUCUUCCUGCUACCUAUUCAUGAAGUACAAUAUGCUAUGUAUCCCUGGUUUGAAAUGUUUUCUUGUUUUGUGUGAUUCAUAGUACUUAGUAAGUUAGAAGUUUGGCCUGCCAUUAAAUUUUCUUUAAGAAAUCUGAAAGAUGCAUGGUACAUACACUACAAUGUCAUACAAUAGGCUAAACUAACAGUACUUCAUUUCACAUUAUCACAGAAUUGACUUUGGCAUGGCAAUGAAUUAUGAUAAUUAUAAUAAUCAGAAUUACAAAGCAGCUAGUCAGUUACAUCAUGUUACAAAUAAUAAAAAUAAUCCCACUCUUUUAUAUUUUAAAAUAUGACAAAAUAUGAAUGACAACUGUACUAACUUUUCACCAAACAUGCAUUUUUACUUUAAGACUUCAUAAUAAACUUAUCUGUCAAAGUGCAUAAUUUGAAGAACAAUUAAUUAAUUCAGGUCUAUACUUAAGACUGUAUGAUACUGGCUGUGGUAUUUUUUAUGACCUAUUUUGUUUGUUUUGAUUAGUGAUUUGAAAGAUGGUGACAGACUAAUGUGAUUUUCAAAGGAUUCUUUAACAACAAAACAAACUUUUUUUUUUUUUUAAUGUGCCUUUCAAAGAUCAGGGCCUCACAACAGCAUUUAAACCAGAAAAAAUUUCACUUCAAAUUCAUUUCCUUUUUGGUUGAUGGCUACUUCUUACAAAUUGCUUCGCCUGCGGCUCAACAAAGCAGAAGGUAUAUACUCUUCUUGCAACUGGGUAGUUGCUAUCAAUGAGGAGUUACUGCAUUUUCUGUGAAAACAAUAAAACCAUAGGGUUCAAUCCCAUGCUAUUUCCUUUCCUACAACGUUCCUUUUGUGUCUAACCAGUUUAAUUAGUUUUCUUAGUGCUUAUUUUUAAAAAGCAGUCUGACAUUUUUUUACUUCAACUUAGGAGAAAAGCUACCACGAACGAACUUUUUUCAAAUCCGAUAUUAAAAAGCUCUUUGCUGAGUAUCCAUAGUACUUAUAAAUAUAUGUUAUUACAUAGAAAAAGUAGGACUCAAAGAUUUGAAAUUUUAAUGGGCAAUAUGUCAAUUCAGAAUCAAUCCAUCAUAUGUUCAUGUCUGCUUAGAAACAACUGUAAGUUAGGGAGAGAUAACUAUUCCAUAUAUUUCCAUAUGGACUUCUUUAUUGGCAUUAUUAGAAUAAAGCUUAAUAAAAUAUGGGUAGUGCUUUCACUACCCUGAACCCAUAUUGAGUACAUUGAAAUUAAGGGAUUGGUAUUCAAAAUUCUGAGCAGGAUAGGGGUUAUUAAACUCUAGAUAGAAAUGAAAUAGUUUUCUCAAGGGAAUAUUUACAACUGAUUGAAUUUAAUUUCAAUUGUUCUAACUUUCCAUGAGUUGAGCUUAAAAAAAUAUUCUUUUCAAAAAAUGAUGGGAAAUUCUAUGAAAUAGGGAUUAGCUUGUUAGUUUCAGUUUGUUUUCAUAUGGCUCUUAAUUGUUGUCCUGGACUUCCAGGAUACUAUUUUUAUUUCUUGAAUCUCAUUAGUAUAUUUAAAUGUAUAAGUUUAAUCAAAUAUACAUUGUGUUGAAUUUAUAUUGAAUAUUAGUUACAUUUUAGAUCUCAAAGUUUAGAUUUAACUUACUUUUCAUUUUGAUAUUUUACUUCUGCUAAAUAGUUUCAGAUAGCUGUAUGUUAUUUUCCCUUGGAUUUUCUUUCAAUAAAUGCAAUUAUGUUAAAUACUCUAUUAGUGUUUUGGGGAAAUUUCUGCUGUCAAUAAGCACUUAAGUUAGAAACAAAAAGCUAUUUAGAAUGGCAAUUAUAUUUGCAAAUUAAGAUGAAAAUGCCAUCAUUUCUUUCACUAUUAAAAAGCUUUUAUAGACUCAACACUGCAGUGAAGCACAAUUAGCCCAUUAAAGAUACGUGUUGAUUUUUACAUCCUUUGUGAGGGAUCAUUUAUAAGAUUGUGUUAAGUAGGCACUAAAAAAACUUCCUGAAUGAACUGUGAUUUAGGAAUUAUGGCUCAAUUUAGUAACUCUGGGCUUCUGCACGAUAUGUGAAAUAUCGACUGAAGAUUACAGCACUAAUGUUCUCCAGGAAGAUAGUUCCAGUCACAUAGUUCAUGGGGGCACUGUGGGCUACAUGUGGGUCUUCUGAGGGAAACAAUAAGUGCUUGACAAUGAUUCAAGUGAACCAAAGUAUAAAUGGAAUCCUAACAAUUAACUUGCAUAGCUUAAUUUCCUCUCUCUCUCUCUGGUAUUAUAUUUCUAAGUAUAUCUGUGAAAUUUUAGAAAAGUGAAUACAAUUAUCACUAACAGGCCCAUUAAUUGUGUUUAAAAAUCAACCCCUAACUAUGUAUCAAAGUACUGUUUAUUCUUUAUAAGCUAUUUAGUUAAGCCAAAUUAAGGACCUUACCCAUCUUUUGAUUUCCUAUAGUACUUAUGUUCCUUUAAAGUAGUCUUUAGUUGUCUGAAGCUCUGUUCCCCAGCUGAAAUUGUAACCUAUCCCAGGGCAAGGACUGUGUCUUUUAACAAGUACUUCCAACUUAUCUAGGUUCUAUAGAGAUUAUUGAAUUAAUGAUGAUUGAAUUAAUCCAUGAUUUGGAGCUAUAUUUAGAAUAGAACUUAUUCAAUGAACCUAGGAAAUAAGCAGCAAUGUCACCUUUCAGUGAUAAAAUCAAUGCAGUUUCACGGACAGAAGAUGUCUCCUGCAUGUGAGAAAAAAAAAUGAGAAGUCAAGACAACUGAAAUACCAGCAUAAGCUUUUGCAACACAAUUUCCUGUCAUUUCUUAGUUAAAUGGAAGGUGAUUAUAUUUCUUAAUAGAAGGGCAAAUGUUGUCAAUGUUUUUGCAAACAAAAUUACUAUGUGGUUAAACUAAGGAAAAUGAAAUUAAUUCUGCAUGUUUCAUGUCAGAUGCCAUCGUUAUACAUGAGACUAAUACUGCAUAGGAUCUCUUCUUUCAACCAAAAUUAUGCCUAAUUUUAUAUUAGAGAGAUCAUGAGCUCUAGCUAAAUUCAAGCCUAGCUCCUUUCUAGAGUUUGUUGCAGUAUAUAUUUCUUGAGAUCCAAUCAUCCACUAAACUUGAAGUAUAUUUAAACAAGCAAAUAUUUUUACAAAUUAUAUAAUAACUGAAUUAUAAAACAAAAUUUUAAAAAUAAGGAAAUAUUGAUUUAGUUCUGGGAAUAUUUUAUGUAGCAUAAACUAGAUUCUUAUAUAUGGAACAAAUAAUGGUAAAUUAAUUUUCAAAAUUGGGAAUUGUGUUGGACAGAACUUUUUUGUUAUUUUAACUGUUUCUGUUUUGAAUUACAUGUUUUAAUUUCCAAAAUUAACACCAUUCAACAGGCCAAAGAGCCAGAAAUAAAAGAUGGUACAGUGUUAGUACAUGGCCACCACACAAUAACUAAUUGUUAUGUGAGUGAAACUAUAGUAGUACAGUGUCUGUUAUAAUUUUUUAAUGAAAUAAACAUGCAUCUUUCCUUUUUCAUUGGUUUAGUUUUUGACAAUGUCAUGUACAAGACUGGGAUUUUGCAUGUAUUCAAAAAGCCUUUCCAAUACCAGGGUAUUUGAGGGUACCAGAAGGGUAUCCAUUCUGAAUCAACAUCCUCCACUAGGACCGCCCAUUCCUCACCCAGCAGUCCAUUCCUUCAUGCUUAGGAUUGCUCUCUCCACGUAGUCUUUUAAAAACUAGAAAUACUGCCAUUAAGGAAGCAUAUUAGAGUUCUCUAAAACUUGGAGGUAACAUUUCAUUAGCUCACAGUUUUCAAAUACCUAGCAAAAUAGGCUGAGAAAACACUGACGUACUGGAGGGGGUUAAGGAACAAGGAGAGGCAUGCAAACAGGUGAGGUACGGGGUUUCGAAGACUAUAUUCGUUCCACAAUUUUCCCAAGGACAGGUCCAGAUUACAAAUCCAGUACAUAAAAUAUAGACACAAUGAAAGGAAUGUUAGUUACAGGUGAAGGCUCAAAGAACAGAAUGAGAAAGCUUCUAGGACAGAAAUAUAAACAAUGAGGUCACUGAGAGGGGGACGAUAUGAAUAGAUAAGGAGAAUGCACUAAAAAACAAAACUCAUCAAACUAGAGCCUUCACAUUAACAGAAAGGAGAGGAAAGGAAAAUUACAUAACCAAAUACAUUUUGUAGAGGUACAUAAUCUAAAAACAAAAUAAAUACUUCGAUGAAGUAAAUUUGAAAAGGAACCGCAAUAAAUAUAUAUGCAAAUAUUUUACCACACACUCUUCUGGCUUUCUCUUCUUUACUUUGCAGUGACUGUAAUCACAGUUUGGCUUCUCCGUCCACUUUCUCCUUCCUGGUUAUGUGGAUUCCCAGUAUGUAGGUUAGUUUAGAGUUGGGUGUGCCAGUUUGGCAAUGAGCAUCUUCAAAUUAUUUCUGCUUUCUGUAAUAAUCUUACUUCAAGCCCACGCAUACACACACAUUCAUAAAUACACCCUAUUUAUAUAAUGAUUUAUCAUUUUCAAAGUGUUUUCAUCUCAUUUGUUCUAGCCUUAGUGACUCACCAUGGUAUUACUUGAACCUCUAUAUGAUGGAUGCCUUCCAGUCUUCUUUCCUUCACCAUCUCACUGCAUGUGGAUGGUCACCCUUUCAUGGUGUGACCCAGGACUGAAAAGAACAGUGUUUAAUAAGCAAUGUCUUUUGUAUUUUAUUAUCAGUGAACCUCCAUACUUUAUCAAAUCUAAAACAUUAUUUUACAUACGUCUAAGAAAAAAACAUUUUUUAUUGUGACUGUAAGACACCAUCAGUUGACAGUGACAGAAAGUCCUAUUUAGAGAUGUUGAAUUGCAAAAUAAUAAUAAUCUUAAGGCUGAUGAAAUACAGCAUCAUUUAUAAUUAUACCAGAUAUUUCAUUUGAGAGCCUCACAAGAAAUCUGCUUCACAUGGUGUAAUGCAGUUGAACUCUGACUCUAAUGUGAAUCAAAAUCUCCAAAAAUUGUUUUGAAAACACAGAUUCCAGAAUCUUGGCCCCGGGGGUUUUGUUCAGUUGAUCUUGAGGGAAGGGAGAGGGUAUAGGAUUUUAAAAAGCCUCUUAAAUAAUCAUGAUCUAUGCGAUCAAAAUAACCACAAUUUAUUAAAGAUUGGGGUACUGGAAAGAACUCAAGUUCAAAUCGUGAUUUCUACCACUAGGAGCUGUGUGAUCUUGUACAGAUGGUUUAAAAUCUCUGUGCCUUAGUACCCCUGGAGACACCAUGGAAAAAUGUGGUGUCAGGCUGCGAGGGUUCUUCAUUGCAUCAUCUCCCUCAGUCCCCUUAGCUAUAAAAGGGGUGUUGUGUUAUCUAAUUAAGGAGCUAAUAUGUAUAAAAAAUUUAGAACAUUACUGGCAUACAAUAAGCACCACAUAUGGGUGCUUAUUGUAUGCUUUGAUCACCUGUAAAAAUGGGAUGGUGAGAACACUACCCACCUCAUAAUGCCAUAAUGAUUAAAUGAGGCAAUACAAAUGAAGCAUUUAGCAAAGAGAGAAAUGGGUUUUUUAACAUACUGGUUUUUUGCUGUUGUUGUUUGUUUUAAAGAUUUUAUUUAUUUGACAGAGAG